AUGGUUACUACGCGCAGGCGCUCACUGGCAGUACAGGUGUCACCAAACCCUAGUCAAAAAGCUGGUGUCAAAAAGUCGUCGAUCAAAAAGGAAACGAAGAAAAAGGCUGGAACCACACAGAGCUCCUCUCCCACAGCUGACCCAGAUCAGGAGCGAGAAGCUGGAGAACCCAUGCAAGAUAGCGCUGCAGACGGCCUGGAGAAGAAGGUUUUGAGGAGACGUAGUUCAACUGCAAUAAAAGCCCCUGAUCAGAAAAAGAAACAGCGAUUGGAGUCGGAAACACCCGCUGCGAGUGGGAAAAAGAGGACGCAGCCAUUAAGGGCUUCAGAUGAUGAGAAUUUCAAAGAAGAAACAGGCAGUAAUGCAGCUAGUGAGCCAAUGGAAACUGCUCGCCUUGUAACGGCUGUACGGGCUUCAUCUAACAAAGAAAACGAGGUCGAAGACGAUGACUUCGUGAAUAAUGAUAGGAAGAGCGAUGGUGGACUUUCUGCAGCUGAUGUAGAUUCUGAUGAUAGCGACUUUUCUCCAUCUCACCGUUCGAAGCUUUCUAAAAGACGUAGCAGUGGUCAAAGUGGUGACGGCAAACAAAUUCGAAAAAAGCACUCGAAAUCAGAAAGGUCUGUCAAUUUUGUGAAAUUUCUCUCACUGCAUUUUCCAGCGUGCAGGGAGCUAUGA